GAAAAAGCGACGAGAAGCAAGACCAUAAACGGAAAGCAUGCCGGCAAGGAAAAGCAAGAGAGCUGUGAAGAAGUUGAACAAGAACUCUAUCCAGUACUCGAAUGACCGCUGGGACUCGGAUGGGGAUUCAUCGUCAUCGGAAUUACUUGUGCGGUGGCUGGAGACCCCAGGCAACUUCGAUCGGUGGCAGAGUGACAACAAGUCUGCAAUAUGCGAAGAAAUUUGUUCGGUGUUUAAGGCAGCAGGGGUACCAGAGUGUGCACGCCAUUGCUACUAAAAUCCGCUGGAUGCAGCAAAAACGGGAAGACGUCAACGCUUGGCUGAAAGAAUCGGAGCGCUUCGUCCUUUACCAGCAAGGGGAAGUUGAUGAUGCCGUUCGAGCAAGCGUCAGUGGGCUGUGUCCAGCCUACGAUCGAGUUUCUCCUGUGUUUCGCAACACAUUAAUCGACGAAGAUGAAUCGGACAAUUUGCACACAGCAACUAAGGCAAAAGCGCGGCCUUCACAAGAGUCGUGGAAGAUGAGGAGCGAAGUCACCGUCAAGAGCUUUUUGAGUGCGAGUUUGGAGCGAAGAAAGUUCGAGCUGAUGUCGACAUCGUGUGCGCCAAAGUCCUGGGUCGCCAGAAGAUGUUGGACGCGUGUGUUUUUCCCCGAUGAAGUCGAUCGUGUCUUGCCUCGCCCUGUGUGAGUGUUGGCGUGGGUUGCUGAAUUGUCAUUCUAUGUUGCAUUUACUUAAAAACAAAAAAAAAUGAAGUUGUCGUCUACUCUC